GUGUGUGUGUGUGUGUGUGUGUAUAGGUGGAGCUCCUGUGGAGGAUAUACAAGCUCUUUCUACCCAGAACAUCAGCAUGGACAUCACCAUAUUCAUUAGUCUGGACCCUGCUGUUCUCAAGAUCCUGAAUGUGAGCACAGUGAGGAAUCUAAUGGGGGUAAACAUAGCUGAUCUGAAGCUGUUUGAGAACUCCUCAGUGGUUCAGUCCUGGGUGUCACGACAGAACCAAUCUGAUCUGAACACACUGAAUCUUGGCAUCAUCAACCACAACCCUUGUUAUGGUGUAGACAGUCACCCACUUGAUAGCGAGUUCGCAUCUGGAAAUGUUUCUGCAGUACUGUGUAACUUCAGGAUUCCUGCCUAUGCCUGUUCAUCAGUUGUUGUUCUGUCCUCUGAUGAUCUGGCCACACUGCUCACAUGCAAACUGCCAAGUAGCCUGAACUACUCUAAAGAAACAUGGAAGCUUUUCUUCCAGAAUUUUCCUGCACCUUUGGAUGAUGUACUGGACAGGUUUUCACACAUGACCCACAGCAGCAUUCGGUCUGACUCAAAUAUACUUGAUGCCAUCUGGGAGGUGAUAAUCAAGGACUUCACUGCAGCACAGCUGAUGAAUGCCGCUUUCAUCACUGAGUGGUUCCAGAUGAGGCUCAGACCAUUUUUGUCAUCAGUGUCCGCAGACUUUCUGUCCAGCCUCAGUUCCAAAAGCUUCAGCUGUGAGAGCUACCAGAUUGUGGUGGAAGCUCUUAGCAGUCAAGAAUCACUCAUGAAAGAGGAACAGAAGCAGUUGGUCUUUACUUCAUUCAUCUUUCCCUUCCUGUCAAGAGUUGACCUCCCAGACCCUGGCUGUCGUUCCAACACUUCUGGCAGCAAUAAGUGGCUUGAAAAGAACCUUGGCAAUUUCUCCAAUUAUGCCCCCUUGGAAAAGCUCAAAAUUCUAAAUGCAAAUUUCUCCAGCGUUGCAGUGUUAGGCUUACUGUCCAGUGAGCAGAAGGCACAGUUCAUCUUGCAGCCGGAUUCAGGAGUGUUGGGAAAUGACUCUGUGUUUAGAGAGGUGUUUAGCAGUGUGAUCACAUCUUUAGAUCGGAAUCAACUUGGCAGCUUCUUCACAGUCUUCCACCAGACUGCAAUACAAAUGAACAUGACUAGCAUUCCUUCAGCACACACCAUUCUGAACAUGACACUCUUGGAUCUGGUGCCUCACUUCCAAAGUUUCAGCCCAGGGGACUUUGCCCUGUGGUUCCAGACUUACCUUUCCUUCUUCCUUCCUGGGAUUGGUCCAAACACCCUGUCGAUCAUCCCCAUGAACAUCAGCUGUGACUCCUACAGAGAGAUAGUGAAAGGACUUGAUAAUGUGUACAGUGACCUCUCUGCAACACAGUCCGAUACUGUCUUCAAUUACACACAAGACUAUCUCAAGUACCAGUCCAGCCAAGCCUAG